AUGAAGUCUCUUGCUGUGGUAUUCUCCUGUGCGGCGCUUUUCGAAGUGGCUAUUGCUCAAGCUUCUGCAUGGGCGCAGUGUGGCGGUGUUAGCUGGACCGGCGCUACUACUUGUGUCACUGGCUAUACUUGCAGUUAUUUGAAUGCUUAUUACUCCCAGUGCAUCCCGUCGACCUCCACUGUUGUGACGACAUCGGUGGCUUCUACAACAACGACACGGUCUUCCUCAAGUUCCACUGGAGUAGUCACGUCUUCUUCAACAAGAAGUACCACAACUACAACCGUUAGUAGCACUACAUCCUCAUCCACGGCAGUAGCUAGUGGAGGUCCCAGAAAAGAAGUUGGGAAACUUCCAGCGCUAGGAUGGAACACUUGGAAUGCAUAUGGAGGAGAUAUCAAUGAAACAAAGAUUCUCAAUGCAGCCAAUGCCUUCAUUUCACUCGGCCUCAAGGAUCUCGGCUACGAGUAUGUCAACAUCGACGAUUGCUGGGCACAGAUGGCUCGUGUUGAUGGUAAAAUGGUCCCGGAUGCAACAAAGUUCCCCAACGGCAUAAGCGGACUCGCAACAACCAUCCACAACCUUGGGCUCAAAAUUGGGAUCUACUCUGAUGCCGGCCUUACUACCUGCAGCGGCUUCCCGGGAUCGUUGAACUAUGAGACUGUUGAUGCUGAAACAUUCUCGGGAUGGGGAAUUGAUUACCUGAAAUACGACAACUGCAAUGUCCCGAGCGAGUGGAACGAUUCCGGGAAUUACGCCGACUGGACUCUCUCCAAAUCAUAUGAAAGAUAUAAACGCAUGACCACUGCAUUGAACGCCGUUUCAAGACCAAUCCAAUAUGCGAUCUGUAACUGGGGUAACGCACAAGUAUGGACUUGGGGCCCUCAAGUGGGGCAUUCGUGGAGAAUGACCGGAGACUCCAGCGAGACUUGGUCAUAUAUCCAAUCGGCAAUCACCAACAAUGCGAACUACCUGGACUAUGUGGGAUUUUAUGGACAUAAUGAUAUGGAGAUUGGCAACGGAGACUUGACCAUCGCCGAAAUCAGAACGCACUUUGCAGCCUGGGCAUUCAUGAAAAGUCCCAUACUACUCGGAACUGAUCUCUCUGCCCUCACUGCUGCCGAACUCGCUGUCAUCAAAAACACGGAACUUCUCGCCUUCCACCAAGAUGCCACCUACGGUGCCGCAGCAAAACAAUAUAAGGUUACCAGUCCCCCAGAGUAUUACAGUGGCCAGAGCUCAAAGGGUUACCAUGUCUUUAUCAUCAACUUCACCAGCGCUGCAUCGACUAGAACAAUUACCUUUAGCGAGGUGCCGGGUUUGGCGGCGGGGGUAAGCUACAAGGUGCAUGACAUGUGGACCGGGUCAGAUUUGGGGACUUUUACAGGCAGCUACAGUGCAAGUGUGGCAAGCCACGAUACGUUGGCUGUAUUGAUUACCACAGCUUGA